AUGACCCGACCACCUCGGAUAUUCCAGGUUGUUUGGUUCGUCCCACAUCCUACUUUAGAAGCUAACAUGCCCUCGCUACUACCCAAAGUCGAAGUCGACAGGAAGAUCCUCUCAGCGUUGAGAAAUACCAAUGACGAAAACCCCUCUCCUCCAUCAUUCGGAUUCAACCUUCCAUCCGACAUCUCAAACUACCUUCUCACCGUCUUACAAGAAUCUUGUGAUCGAUCGACACUUUUUCAUCUCUCAUUGGUCAAUAAGCAGUUCUAUCAAAUAUUCUCUCCCUUGGUAUAUGAGAGAAUCGAGAUCAGCGAAUGGAAUAUGCGCAAAGUAUUCGCGGGGAUGAUUUUAGAUGCAGUAGAAAGUGAAGAAUACCUUGAACGACCGGCUAUGCGAUUGAUCCGAGAACCGAAACCUACUGUAAGCGAUGAAGAGAUAACAGAGAGUUUGGGUUGUCUGGCAAUGUGUUUUGGGCCGAGGAAACCUAAACCUGAGACGAGACUAGCAUCAGGCGCAGAAGGGCAAAAGAAGAAGAUGAGCUCUGCUGAACUGGCUAGAGAAGUGGACAAGAUACAGGAUGAAAGGCGAGAAAGGGACUAUGAGAGAUAUGAUGGGACUUCAUUUGGUAGGGAUCUGAUAUCGAUAUGGAAUAGGAAGAAAAAGUUGUUGAAUUCAGUUAAACACCUGAGGAUAAGGGAUAUAGUCGCUGCGAGGGAGAUAGCAGCUUAUCUUGGACCGACAAUCAAAGAGCAACGAUCACAAUCAGAAUUACAUUCGUCUACGUCUUUGCAGAUGGGAGGAUAUGAGAAACCCGAAAUAUUCCAAAGUGUCAGAUACCUGUCUUUCGGAUUCGAACUUCUAUCCUCGGAUAAACAAUCAGAUGUGAGAGAACCCAUACAUUAUGGUGAGCUUGCUGGACUACACAAACCUCCAAGUUCACUCAGAACAAUGGAUCGUUUGAUGACAAAAUUACGUACAACUGAAGUAUGUGGGAGAUGGAAUGUGAAACAAAAAAUGGAUAGGGAUAAGAUGGUUUUUACGAGGGAUUUGGAAUGUAUGUGUGGGGUUUGGAAAGUAGAAAGAUUUACAUGGCAUGUCUACCAGAGAGAUGAACUUCAAGGCGGUCAUAGAAAAAUCAAAUCAAGUGACAAUACCGAUGGGAGGAAGAUAUACCAAUCCCACGUCAUUGAUUCAGUGGAGGGUAUACCGAAUCUUCAGAUCGUCUAUACAGAUAUAUGUAAUUGUCAAGUUGGUUGUUCACGAUCACAUUUAGGAGUGGGAGGAAACGAAGAUGAGUGUUGGAGAGAGCUUGGAUAUGCUGCUUUAAAAAUCGACCAUCUAGGAUAUGGAACGACGGAAGAUGAUCAUCGGGCGAUUGAGCUGGUAGGAUUACCAUGCUUGACUUCAGUCACACCUGAUGAUAUGACUCAGGCGGCUUUAGAGAUAAUGGAUAAGAUGGGAUUUGACGGCACGGAGAUCAGUCUGGCCGAGAGAAGAUGGCAGGAUAGAUAUAAAUGGACCAGAGAUCACCUGCUGGUCAUACCGGAUCUAGAGGAAGGGCGGUGUAGAUGCUGUGAACGAAUACAGGAAGAUAAGUUUGGGAUUGCGUUUUCGAUGUUUGGAAGAAAGAUGAGGGCCCUGUAG